AGCCGUGCUCCUCCGAACCCGCGCUCUACGCUUGGGGCGCACCGCACCGAACCGUUCGUUCCGCUCCGGCUCUUGGCGACUGAGCCGCCGCCGCCGCCGAGAUGCUGCCGCUGGCGCGCGCCCCUCUCCACCGCCUCCUGCUCUCCUCGCCCCUUGCUCUGUCGCUCUGCUCCCCUUACACGACCGUAGGCCGCCGCGGCGUCUCGCCCCUUCUCCUGAUGCUCUCCGCUCGCCCCUCGGCGUGCCGCGUCGGCGAGGGCUUCCCGGCCGCAGGGGCCUCCUCGCGAGGCAGGAGCCUCUGUCCCCGCGCCGUCAGCGUGUACGACGAGGCGCCCUCCAGCUCUGCCGCCGGCAGCGUCUACGACGACCUGGCCGCGCCCUACCUCUCCGUCCGCAUCCGCUGCCGCAAGGAGGACGCCGAACUGCUCUCCGAGUCCCUCCUGUGCUUUGGCGCUUGCUCCGUCACCGUGGACGACAUCGCCGACGCUGCGAAUCUUGACGAGAUCUCCAUAACCACCAUAUACGCACACGGGGAGAACGUGGGCUCAAGCGUUUCGAAUGCUGCAAGCUCAGCUGGUCUGGACUACAGCCCGGCGUAUGAGACCUCUGUAGGAAAGCAGUGCGACUGGGUGACACUUGUGCAGGAAACGUACGAGUCCACGAAAGUUAUCGAUGGCCUUUGGAUUAUUCCUAAAUGGAAAACUCCCCCUGAUCCACAGGCAACAAAUAUCAUUAUCAAUCCAGGCCUGGCUUUUGGAACUGGGGAGCAUCCGACGACUAAAUUGUGCCUUCUUUUUCUGAAAGAAGCUAUUAAGGGGGGUGAGCGUGUCUUGGACUAUGGAACAGGCACCGGGGUGUUGGGUAUUGCAGCUCUGAAGAUGGGUGCUGCUCUAUCCACUGGUAUAGACAUAGACCCUCAAGCAGUGAGCUCCGCUCGUGAGAACAUGCUGCUGAAUGGUAUGGAUUCUGGCAGAAUGCUGGUUCACUUGGUACCGACAGGCGCCGAGCCUUCAUGCUUCUCAAGUAGCAUCGACAAAUCAGAAGAGGAAAAGCCCGGCAGUAACCUUGAGCUGAAGUCCUCAAAGGGGACGUAUGACAUUGUUGCUGCAAAUAUACUGCUGAACCCCUUGCUGGAGCUGGUCGAGGACAUAGUCGGAUUUGCGAAAACCGGUGGAACAGUUGCUGUUUCAGGGAUAUUGUGUGAGCAGGUUCCAAAGAUUGAGAAGGCUUACUCCAGGUACUUGGACAACGUAUCUGUAUCUGAAAUGGAUGGAUGGGCGUGCCUUCAGGGAACAAGAAGAGCAUAGAUUUAUGCAUUUUCUUUUUCUUCUUACAUUGUAAAAGCAGAUUGACCUUAUUUUCCCGACUGGUGAAGGAUUUUUGCCCCUACAGGAGGAGAAUGUUUUGGCCUUAACAAUUUGAACCAUUUUGGUAGGAUUACUUCGGUAUUGUCAA